AUGUUCUCAAACAAUGAUGAAGCUGUAAUCAACAAAAAACUUCCAAAAGAGCUGCUGCUUCGAAUUUUCUCUUUCCUGGAUGUGGUCACUCUGUGUCGUUGCGCUCAAGUUUCCAGGGCAUGGAAUGUUCUGGCCCUGGAUGGCAGUAACUGGCAGCGAAUUGACCUGUUUGAUUUCCAGAGGGAUAUUGAGGGCCGAGUAGUUGAGAAUAUUUCUAAAAGAUGCGGGGGUUUCUUGCGGAAGCUGAGCCUGCGUGGCUGUCUGGGAGUGGGAGACAACGCGUUAAGGACAUUUGCACAGAACUGCAGAAAUAUUGAAGUAUUGAACCUAAAUGGCUGCACCAAGAUCACAGAUGCCACGUGUACCAGCCUCAGUAAGUUCUGCUCUAAACUCAGGCACCUUGAUUUGGCUUCCUGCACUUCCAUAACCAACCUAUCUCUGAAAGCCCUGAGUGAGGGAUGCCCGCUGCUGGAACAGCUGAAUAUCUCCUGGUGCGACCAAGUGACGAAGGAUGGCAUCCAGGCGCUGGUGAGAGGCUGUGGGGGACUCAGAGCCCUGUUUCUGAAGGGCUGCACGCAGCUUGAGGAUGAAGCUCUGAAAUACAUCGGUGCGCAUUGUCCCGAGCUGGUGACUUUAAACCUCCAAACGUGCUUACAAAUAACAGACGAUGGUCUCAUUACAAUAUGCAGAGGGUGCCACAAGUUACAGUCCUUGUGUGCUUCGGGCUGCUCUAACAUCACAGACGCCAUCCUGAACGCCCUGGGACAGAACUGCCCGAGGCUGCGAAUAUUAGAAGUUGCAAGGUGUUCUCAGCUAACAGACGUGGGCUUCACCACUCUAGCUAGGAACUGCCACGAGCUUGAAAAAAUGGACCUGGAAGAGUGCGUGCAGAUAACAGACAGUACACUAAUCCAGCUUUCCAUACACUGUCCACGGCUUCAGGUUCUGAGCUUGUCCCACUGCGAGCUGAUCACGGACGAUGGCAUUCGUCACUUGGGAAAUGGCGCCUGCGCACACGACCGCUUGGAAGUGAUCGAGCUGGACAACUGCCCCCUGAUCACCGACGCGUCCCUGGAGCACCUGAAAAGCUGCCACAGCUUGGAGAGGAUAGAACUGUACGACUGCCAGCAAAUCACGCGGGCAGGGAUCAAGAGACUCAGGACCCAUUUACCCAACAUUAAAGUCCACGCCUACUUCGCGCCUGUGACUCCACCGCCUUCGGUCGGCGGCAGCAGACAACGCUUCUGCAGAUGCUGCAUCAUCCUAUGA